CUGACAGUGAGAAAGGUGAAAGAAACUGCCAUUUCCCAUUCUAAUGUCAAGUGCGUCGAGUGUGAGGUUGGUGUGUGUUGUUUGUAAGCAAGGUGUUUAUCGCCGGAAUCGGGACAUUUCCAUCGCAAUUAAAAGAUUGAAAAAUCUACACAAAACAAUGUUAUUGCACUGGCAUUGAUUUGCACUUGUGAAUGGAAUGAACGAAGAAGACUUAAUCAAGCGAGCGUUCGAAGAGCGAGAGAAAAUCUUCAAGCGUUAUGAGUUGGGCCGUGCGGAAGGCGCCGAGAUUGACCCAUGGGAAGAUCCGCAGUUCGAGGUGUACCACGCCACCGACCGAUAUGGGUUUAUACACGACAAACGGCUACCGGCCAAGCUGGACCCGCAGGAAGCAAAAAAGCAGCACAUAGAACUCGAGCGCACCAAGAAGUGGCUGAAAAUGCUCAAGUUCUGGGAUACACCACAAGUCAAAGAGAAACUGCACAAGAGAAUCUACAAAGGAAUACCAAACUCAUUACGUCCACAGGUUUGGAUGAAGCUAUUGGACGUCGAAGAGGUGAAGAAACGCAACCCAGGUCGGUACAUGGAGAUGUGUAAACUUGCGCGUUUGCAUUCAACCGACGCGAGACAAAUCGACUCCGAUGUGAAUCGUCAGUUUCGUGAACAUAUUCAUUAUAGAGAACGCUAUAGCAUUAAGCAGCAGAGUUUGUUCAAUGUUUUAACCGCGUACGCGAUGUACAAUUCGGAGGUUGGGUAUUGCCAAGGCAUGUCGGGGUUGGCGGGUGUGUUGCUCAUGUACAUGGCUGAAGAGGAGGCGUUUUGGGCGGUGCAUAUUCUGCUCACGAGCGAAAAAUAUGCAAUGCACGGAUUGUACAAGGAAGGAUUUCCUAAACUGACUAGAUUCUUAGAGCACCAUGACAAGAUACUUACCAAAUUUCAAUCGAAGCUCAAGAAGCACUUUGACAAACACGGCUUGGAUGCGAUUCUCUACUCGUUGAAGUGGUAUUUUGUUUGUUUCGUCGAGCGCGUGCCGUUUAGUCUCUGCUUGCGUAUCUGGGAUAUUUAUUUGUUGGAUGGUGAUCGGAUUAUUACGGCGAUGGCUUAUACGAUAUUAAAGUUACAUAAGCGCAAUUUGUUACGGCUCAAUGAUAUGGAUUCGAUAACGCAAUAUUUGCAAGUAAAAUUAUAUAAAGAUUUUCAAUACGACGAAGAUGUCUCAAUUGCAAGUCUAGAAAAAACUCUGGAAGAACUCAAAAAAGCAAAAAUGGAACAUCCUGGUCCACCGACAAAGGAUGAAAUCCCAAGUAGAAAGUUUGGUGUUUUCGUGGAGCCAACCCUCGAGCGCAAAGUUGGUAUCCGACAGGAAGAGUUCACCGACAAGGAGAAAGAGACGAGCCAAAUCGUGACAAUGCGUAGCGACGCGGCACGCAUCUCGGUGGUGGAGAACGAGAACGAGUUCGAACACGAUGCCGACAAUCGAGAAUCUCAGCUGAGCGCCGGCACCGAAUCGGUGGGACACACAGAGUCAAAAUUCUCAUUCGAUGUGGGCAUGGACGACGCCAGCUCGCUGCUGGACUGUGAGCAUACUGGAUCGCGCAGAUCUUUGGCGGACACGAGCGUUACAUCCACCGCUGAUCUGAGCGUCUUCUCGGCAGUGACGCGCUCGCAAGCGCACGAUAACAGCUUGGAUACGCAUAGCAACAUGUCUGAUAAUUCAGUGGGCGGCGGUAGUUCAGUAGGAUCGGGUGUCGGUGCCAGCGCAAAGGCGCUCAGCCUCAGCACGCAUUCAACACCGCGUGCCACCCCGCACCAGCCUAGCCCUGAUGUUUUGCGCAUCUAUGUACCGUACACUAGCCCGCUCGAUACGCCCAUCGCCAGUCCGCAAAAUGGCGAUGUGCACAAGUCGCUGCCGUAUUCGUUUCCAGACAACCGCAUCCGCAUAAAGGUUGAUAAUGAUGAGCUUUCGACGCCGAUCGUCGAGCAUGGUCACAUUCGACCGUUCAUUCUCGACAGUCCCGAGUUGGAUUUGAAGUGAGAGCGCGUUGGGUAAACAAUUGCAUUUAUCUUUUUUAUACUCAGUACUUGUAUAUCGAAGGCAACAACAACGAAACGGCAUUUGGUGCUUAGCGGCCUCGAUGAAUUUUCCAGUCUAUGUUAACAGAUGCUUACUCUUAGAUUACGUUAAGUUAGUGCUACUCAAAACUGCAUAUAAGUACAUACUUGCCAAAGUAAUACACAAUGUAUAAAAAAUCGAACUACACAAGUGAUGUUUUAUGUAUUAAAAGAAAAACUGUUGGACCAUUUUACUCAUUGUUAGAAUACUCAACACAACAAAACAAGAUGGCGUACAUUGAGUUUGUGGAAGUAGAUGAUUUGACUAUUUUAUUCAUUCUUCGAUAGUUCGUACCUAUAUUGUAAAUAGUUUCAACUCAACUAGUCCACCAAAACUGUUGUAUAUUAAAUGUCAGUGUGUGUUUUUCCGCAUUUAGGAUUGUAUCAAUAUUGUAUAAAAACGUUACAGUGUUGUAAUUUAACCGUCCCGUUGUAGAUGACAAAUGAGAACACAUUCAAUAAUUACAUUCCGGUACAAUACUUCCGCAAAUAUUUUUUAAAUAACACUUAUGUAUGUGUGUGCCAUAAACUUAUAAGAGUGCGAAUGGAGCAUCGAUUCAAUUCAACUUAGACGCCGACAAAUAAAUCUUGAACUCGUGUAAAUAUCAGAAGAAAUUGACAAACAAAUGCAAAACAAAUGAUCAAUUAUGGUGUAAAAAAUACUCGGUACUGUAAUUAUAUACUCGUAAUCCUUAUCUAACUGUGACACAUUUUUUAGUAAUGUAAAGUCUUGAUUAAGUGUGUAAAAACUGAGAAACUGCUAACGAAUGUUAGGAACUUGUUAAUUGGGCACAGCCGUAGAUAUUUACACCUUGCAAAGAAUGUGGAGAGGGUUGUUCAAGCUGAAUUUCAUUGUUUUUAUUAGGAAGUCAGACGAUCCAAUUUUGCAAAUCUUCUUGGCUUAAGAAACAGUCUCAAAAUGAAUAAUUUUUCGUAAAAAUCAAGUCUAACUCGUCACGAUUGACAAAAGAUAAAUGGUGCGUUCGACAAGAUGUAUAUACUCAUGAUACGACCCCGUAUUUGAUCGUAGUGUUCAGUCGAAUAUGUACGAGCAUUUGUUAUAGAUUAAUAUUUUAUUUAUCUACAUAUUCGCAACUAGAUUUACGACUUAUUUAUUUGUAAUUUUCGGUCAGGGGAGUCGAUUUUAAUAUUAGUAACAUUUGCAACUCUUCAUUCAAUUCUGCAUUUCCAGUGCAUAUCUCUAACCACCAUUUCUAAAACUUUUUACGCAACUACUUUAAAUUAUUAUACAUGAUUCUAGUAAAAACACGGUGAUCGUGUACAAAAUUGUUAUUAUAUUUCCUAUGUUUCGCAUUUUCGCAAUUUCCACAAAACUAUUAUUAUAAACUAAACUAAAACGUCUGGAUUGCAAUAAUAAAUAAAAACACAAGAAAUCUU